GUUUGUUUACUUUUUUACUCAAAAGCAACAAAAAAUGGCUGAUGGAACAUUUUGUGAAUACACUGGACAGAUGGAUAAUGCCUUGAUGUCGCAGAUGUCAGGAUAUGGAGGCCGGGGGAGCUCAGAAAACUUAGGGGAUGGGCACAGUCAGCAGAGUAAAGCUGGACCUGGAUUCUACACGGAACAGUUCCCAUCCAGCAUGUCUUCAGCAAUGAUGGAGAGUCUAGUCAUGUCAAGUAUGGCAUCUGGUAACCAUAGCAACCAGGAGGCUCUCAUAGCAAGUAUGAUGAGCCAAGCAGCGGCAGCUUCCAGUGCUUAUGAAAGUGCAGUCAAUUUCGCUCUAAAACCAGAGAAAGGUCUUCCACCAACUCCGCCCGGUAGCCCAAAUGAUCCAAAAGGUAUACAAGCAAAUUCUACGCAACAUGCUGGUUACCAUAGCAACAUGCAUCCCGCAUCAAUGGUGGGCAUGCCGUCGUCUUUCAACCAUAAUCUGUUAGCAAAACCUGUACCAAUGAGAAGACUGUCAGAGAAAAGGAUAGCUCAAGCUCGCGCGAGUAUUGGAGGAGUUUCCUCGGAGCCGCCAGGAAUGAUUGAGCAUGAAACUCUUCCAGAUCCAGUUACAAAUCCAACCCUUGCACGUGCAUUAGCUGCUGUCAAUCAAGGUCAGAAACGACCACGUAGUGAAAAGAAAGCAAUACCAGAUGAUGCAAAAGAUGACAAAUAUUUCGAACGGCGUAAAAGAAACAACAAUGCUGCUAAAAAGUCCAGAGAUGCAAGAAAAGCCAGAGAGGAUGAAAUUGCCAUUCGAGCAAGUUUCCUCGAAAAAGAAAAUGCCAUUUUACGCGCGCAAGUUACAACGUUACGAGAAGAAGCCAAUUCAUUACGACAAUUAUUGUUACAAAAAAGGGCUUCGAGACAUUAGCCAAGAAUAUUUUACUCAAAAUUUAUAGAAGUACAUAGACAUAUGAGCUGCGCCAUGAGAAAACCAACAUAGUGCAUCCGCACAGCAUGGAUCCUGCCAGUCUGGUCUGGAUCCAUGCUGGUCGCAAAGCCACUAUGUUGGUUUUCUCAUGGCGCGGCUCAGUUAUUGUUAAUUUCGCAAUUGUAAUCAAUGACCUUUGUCAUUUAACCUUUUCAAGGUCAUGUUAUCAUUUCAAAGGUUAACGAGUACCAGUAGCAACAGGUUGCUACAGUGAUAAUGUUUUAUUGAUUUUUUCUUGUUGAUAUGUUAAUGUUUUUUUGUGCUAUUUCACGUUUCUGUUGACAAUUUACCUUAAUCAUUUUAUCACUCAAGUUUUACUCAGGGAUACAUUGUAUAUCAUUUUAAAUAUUAGUCCUCAGGAGGUAGUGUAAGAUGUUUCAAACACCAGAGUCCAAGAUUAUGAAGCUGAAUUUGGCAGGCAGUCCAAAACUUCGAGCGUUUGAUUGGUAGAUUACAAGCACAAUCUUUGAAGCUAACCAAUCACAAAGUUGCUCUCUGAGACUGUUUUUAAAACCUCAGUACAUAAUCUUAGACCACAUUAAGAUUUUUGUCUUCCCAGCUGGGAGAGACAUUUUAUUUUGUCUUAAGUUAAAUUAUCACGCCAUCCUCUUCAUUUCAAUUUUACUACACCAAAUAUCAUAAAAGAAACUUAUGCUUAGUUUUGAAUAACUUGUAGACAAAAUAUAUACAUGUAGAGGAAACAUUCAUGUAUUUUUACAAAAAUUGAGCAUGUUAAAAUAAAUUGAUCUCAUUUUCAUUGUUAUUUGGCUUAGGGUAAAAUAUUUGAUAGAAAAACCAAAUUUGAUUACCGUAUUUACUCGUCUAUAAGAUGAUCCUUCUAUAAGACGGGGUCCUUCAAUUACUUCAAAAUUGGCAGCAUUUUACAGAUUCUUAAAAAUUUUAUAGACACUUAAGAUGAAUGACAUUGACUCGCUUGUUAGAUGAGGCAACUCAUUAAAUGUAAUUUUUAAGUAGAAAAAAAUUGUCUUAUAUGCGAGUAAAUACAGUAUUAUACAAAAAUAGGUUGUAUAUGUACCUUUAUUCUGUAGUGCUAAAGUAAAAACCGACAAACACAAGUGGCACCAAAUUUGUCAGUGAUGGUUGCAAGUUGAAAUUAUUACACCAGUUGUAUAUUUACUCAGGAAGAUUGUUCAGGUUCUGUCCAUAUGCAUAUUGUCAGGCUGCUUUUCAAAUACCUCAUCUUAAAUUUUUCACGGGUACGUAAAGUAUUAUACAGUCAAGUUUGUUAUUUGCUCACGAGUAUUUUUAGAUACAAACAUUAUUCCCAAGUGCCUCAGAAUAUACUCUAUAUAGAGGUACUGAAUUAUACCGGUCAAUAUGUGUGUUCAUGAUAAUUAUAUUAUAGAAAAUAUCCAGGGAUUUGGAUGAAUUUGUUACUUUGAUACUCAAAAAGCCAUUGAAAAUUGUUAUGACUGUUAGAUAUGCUUGUUUCAUUGUGAGUGUUAAUGUUUUUUUUCACAUCAUAUAUCAACCAAGUAUACCCUUCUACAUAUACCUGAAUACCAUAUUAAAAGAGAGGUAGCGAUUUUUAGAAUUCCAUUUGGUUAGAUGCUUCUAAAGUACAGAAGAUUUUUGAAAAUACUCAAAAAUUGUAAUCUGUUGGAUAAUCUAAAUCUUUAAAAUUGACAUUUUAUGAUUAUUUAAGUAAAAUAGUAUUCCGUUCCAAAAUUUAAAAAAUAUGAAGAAUUGCAAAGAGAUCAUUUAGCAAUGUCUCAUUUGGCUAGGUUACCAUUUUGAUAUUUCAGUUUUAAAUAGAUGGUUAUACUUUUGAUGCUGAAAAAGUUCUAUUCUUCAGCAUUUUUGUAAUGACCAUUUUUCAACAGUUUAUAGUUCAUUUCGCAUCCUCGCAGACCAGUCCAGUUAUCUGUUUAAAAAAUGUUCAUAAUGAUAUUUACGUAGUUUUGUAAAUAGUAGUAUAAGAUGUGUGGAAAUCCUUAAAAAACAAAUGUGCAAUUUUCCAUUUGCAUAUUUGUGUCCAAUUUAUAUAUGUACAUGUAUAUGCAUAAUUGUGUGUAUUAAUGAGAGUCACUAGAUGGCUGAAGUAAAUAUCAGCUUUACUAAGUGUGUGACAGCCGUAAUCCAUGAUAUAGAAAUUAUAUACAAACAUACUGAAAUAUGUAAGAAUUUCUACAGUAAUUCCUAUGAAUGUUGUAUAUUAUAUAAAUUAUUAAUUAAGAACUGGUUACAUCACUUUCAUUAAAUGGACCACAGGGAACGGUGGUUAAGGUGUUAGCCGCUCAACUUAGAGUUGGUGGGUUUGAGCCCCAUUGGGGUCAGAACCACACAAUCUCUUUUGACAUUAGAACUGGUUUUUCAAGGUAGCAGACUCGAUAAUGGUUCAAAUAAGCUUGAAGCUUUAAUUACAAUAUAUACCAGUAAGUAUGAACUAAAGGAACCAUUUAAAACCUGUAAUUUGAAGUCAUGAUCCUUUCUCAAGAUCAAAUUGAAAAUGUCAGAACUGCAAGUUAACUUUAAAUUUUUAUUGACCAGUUAUAAAAAAAGCUCAUAUAUAGUGUGUUUAUCAUUUUGAGCUGUUCCAUGGAAGACCGUAUUUAAGAUUUUAAGUCUGUAUCAUUAAUUUAUAACUGAUAUGCCACAAAAAUAUCCGAAAAAUGACCACACCGUCAGUGCUACAUUGAUACUGAUUAACUCACUGACAUUUAUUUUGCAACGCAAAAUAUUUGAAUUUUUUCAUUAAAAAUUGCAUUGGUUUUCCCAUAGGCUAGGCAACAUGGAUUUUAUGUUAGAGAUUAAAUUUUUGUGUGUGAUUUACCUAAGUGCCAGUAUAUAUUAAUGUUUUAAAACCGGUGAAAGUUAAUUUUGUGUGUAAUUAUGUAUUUGAUAACUGGGAAUAAUCAAGUUAUUUGUUUUCAUGAUUUUCAUAAAAAGUGUUUAAUCAUUCAUGUUUUAAUGAACAGUAAAUCAUACAAAUUCUAUGCAUGGUUAUGGCUUUAAAUUACAUUUAAAAAUACAGCUGUAUGAAAGUUUCUGAAUAUAUGAUACAGAGUUUUGAAUGAGUCAUUUGCUUUGUUGCAAAACCAUGGUGAUUCUAAGAGUUUAACAAACUCAUUGGCAAGACCCAGUAAAAUAUCUGUAUAAUAUAUAUUGUUUGAUGGCUUGAUAACUCAAACGUAUUUUGCCGGUCCCAUCAAGUUAGAACGAACGAGGUUUGACUGUACAUCAUGCAAAAUUCAGCUGUGUAAUAUCAUUUGACUGCGGAUGAAUGUGAACUUAAUCUUGCAAUUUUGUUUUAAAUAUUGUCCGAUAAUUACAUUAUUAUAUACAAUACCAAAUGUAGUUUGAUUGUUUCAAGUGAAUGUUGGUUGAAAAAUGUUGGCUAGUAUUGGUAAUGCAGGUUUGUUUAUGUUUCUGUCAAAUAUGGCCAAACUGUAGAGUGUUGUUUAUGUAUUUGUUUGGUCACUUAACAGGCACACUUAAUUGGGUUGAUUCAAAUUUGUGACACAGUCAAUCACAAAAUGGUUUUAGAAAUUAUGCUAAUACGGGGAAAUUAAAUGAUUAAAAAUGAUAUCCAGUCUAGCUAUAGUUGUUCUAUUUUAUGAACUUUUGCAAAAAUGUCGUUUAGAUAAUUUAUAGUUGGUGAAAUAAUUAAUAUAGUGUUUCUGAUGUGCUAUACAGAUUUUUGAUCAGUGUUGUUGUUGCUAAAAAGUUUGACACAAACUUGAAAUAGUUUUUCCCAUUGACAUAAGGAUCAUUAUGACUGUGAUAAGAAAAGGAAAACACCUCAAGACUUGUAAAAGUUUUUUGAAAAAAAAAUAAAAUCAAAAACAUGAAAAAACGCUGUCCAAGAUAAAAUCUGUAGUUGUAAAUAAAUAAAGAACACAGUGUGGUCCAGGGAGUUACAGAGAUUUCCAUUUAAAUGGCACACUUCAUCACCAGUGCAAACGGUAAACUCUACGUUUGAAAAUUGUUUUUUUGAUAUAUGCAAGAAUAGUGUAUAUGUGAAUAUAUGAUUAAAAUUUUAUAUUCCAUUUAUUAACAUCAUCAAAUGUUUACACAUUAUUUAUGUUCAAAAACUCUUGCAAUUAGCGAAACUAUCUACAGUCAAACUUUGUUGGCUUGAUCUGGAAUUAUUCGAACUCCACCCUUUGCUCAAAUUCAUUGGGUUACAUCAAAAUCCCAAUAUAAUGUAUUUUGUUUGAUGUCUCGAAAUACCGAUAACUCAAACAAAUUUUGCUGGUUCUGUUGAGUUUAAGCGAACAAAGUUUGACUAUAUAUGUUUCUUUAGUACCAGUAACAGUAUUAUGCUUUCAACAGCUCAGGGAAAGACUUGUAUACAAAUUACAUUAUUUUACUCUAAAACAUAUAUUUAAUAGUACUAUGCAGCACUAUUUUAUUGUGUCAUACUGUCUGUUAUAGAUUUAGUGGCAUAAAUACUUUGUUAUACUCGUACUAUGUUGAUUUUACACUAAGGAAAUGCUGUUCAACCGAUAUUUUUCAAAACAGUGAAAUUUGAUGUUUAACCAUUAGCCUGUUGGCAAUAAGUGAUUCUGCCUUUGCGUCCAGUGCAGACAAAGGUCUGCGCUGAUCUCUAUCUGGUCAGUAAAUUUUCAGUGAAUGCCCCUUCCAAUAAUAAAUGGUAUUGCCCAAACUGAAUGAUAGACCAGUCCAUUUUAGAAAUUUAGCAGGCUGAAGUAGAUAAAUCUGGAAACUGCUGAUAUUUUGUUUUUAUUUGAUGUGUUACCUCAUUUUAUUAUGUUUAAAAUGUGUAUGCUAAAUAAUACAUACUUAAAAGAGUAA